AUGUCCGACGCAUUUUGCAGUGACUGCAAGCGAGCGACGGAGGUGGUGUUUGACCGCUCCGCUGGUGAUGCAAUCUGUUCGGAGUGUGGUCUCGUCUUGGAAUCACACUCCAUUGAUGAAACCUCCGAAUGGCGAACCUUUGCUAACGAAUCCGGCAAUAAUGAUGCCGUUCGUGUCGGUGGUCCCAAUAACCCUCUCCUCAACGAUGGUGGUCUCUCCACCGUCAUUGCUAAGCCGAAUGGAGAGUCCGUUGAUUUUCUCUCAUCGGCUGUUAAUCGUUGGCAGAAACAUGGUUCUAAUCCCGAUCGUGGAUUGAUCCUUGCGUUCAAAACUAUUGAUACUAUGGCUGAGAGGUUGGGACUGGUUCCGAUCAUUAAGGACCGAGCUAAUGAGAUAUAUAAGCGGGUUCAAGAUCAGAAGUCUAGUAGGGGAAGAAAUCAAGACGCAUUAUUGGCUGCUUGCCUCUACAUUGCUUGUCGACAAGAAGACAAGCCACGCACUGUAAAGGAAAUUUGCUCGGUUGCCAAUGGAGCCACAAAGAAGGAAAUUGGCCGUGCAAAAGAAUACAUAGUGAAACAACUUGGUUUGGAGAAUGGUGGUCAAUCUGUAGAAAUGGGAACAAUUCAUGCUGGGGACUUUAUGAGACGAUUUUGUUCUAAUCUUGGUAUGAAUCAUCAAGCUGUUAAAGCUGCUCAGGAAUCUGUUAAGAAAUCAGAGGAAUUUGAUAUAAGGAGAAGUCCCAUAACAAUUGCUGCAGCAGUUAUAUACAUCAUUACUCAGCUUUCUGAUGAUAAAAAACCUCUGAAAGAUAUAUCAGUUGCUACCGGAGUCGCAGAAGGAACCAUUAAGAACUCGUACAAGGAUCUCUAUCCCCAUGUUUCAAAGAUAAUACCAACCUGGUAUGCGGAGGAAGAGGAUCUCAAGAACCUUUGCAACCCUUGA